UGCUAGUUGCAAUCUGGUUGAGUCUGGACAGAAACGUUUGGAGCUCAAGCAGGGUCCGUAUUUUAUUUAGCUAACGUUACCUUGCUAGCAACCUAAUUCUAGGUAACGUUAAAGAAGUCUUGUGGACGUUCAUAAUAUCGGCGUCGACGGUAAUAAAGACGAGCAGAUGGCAUCGGUUUAAACGCUUGACAGAGUUUCAGAGUAUUUAGGCUAGUCUGACAGUCUUCUUUGGUGACUUACGACAAAAAAUUAUGUUCCGGCGCUGAACAUGGGAGGCAGUGGCUCCAAGUCCAAAGGCUUUUGGCCUUUUGCCGGCUCAGGUUCCGGCAAUGAUCCAGCCAAUGAGGGGAACGAACAGUCGCUGGCGAAGUUCAGAGGUUCCCGAAAUGCUACACCUUUCGUGUUUACAAGAAAGAGCUCUCUUUACUAUGAUGAAGAUGGCGACCUGGCUCACGAAUUCUAUGAAGAAACUGUUGUGACAAAGAAUGGGCGCAAGAGAGCAAAGCUGAAGAGGAUUCAGAAGAAUUUAAUACCUCAGGGAAUUGUUAAGCUGGACCACCCCCGGAUCCAUGUGGAUUUCCCAGUUGUUCUGUGUGAAGUGUGACGUGCCCAGGCCCUUCUGGGAGACUAGGCCAAGGCCAGCGAUUGACAAACUCCGCCCUCGCCCCCUCCACCUCUCCCUUUGAGCCCCUGUCAUCCUGAACUUCAUUCUAACCAUGGUGUUCCUCAGAGAGGGCUUACAGCGCCCCCGUGUGGUUAGAAGGGUUCACAGUGAGCCGAACGGCUCCUGUCUUCGCAUAGCUUAUGGGAACAGAACAACAUGCUCAAUGAAGGGAUUUAGUGUGGAUAUUUCCAGCUUAAUGGGUGAGUGUGAUUUGGGGAGGUAAAAGAAGAUGAAGAAAGAAUAGACAAUAAAUAUACAAUCCAGUUCUCUGACCUUACGCACUACAGCCCUGUUCUGUAAGGUUGCUCUUGCAUGAAACCAUUCUUCUCUAAGUCCCAGCCAUGUUCAGUCUGGCCUCUCUGUAAUGUAAUGGAUCCCAAUGUGUGUAUUGCUUAAUUAGGCACCUCUUUUGGUUUUGGACAGUACUGAGGUUGCGUUUCGGUGGAUAGUCUAUAAGAUGGAGAAAGAGCAUAGCUGUAAGCAGUACCCACAGUAGUAGGUGUGAAGCUGAUGAGCUGGCCUUUUCAACACCAGGACAUGUUUGUAAGUAAGCACAUUUCAUGUGUGUUUGAUGUUUGUUGAGCUCAGGUGCUGUUUUUUGGCCGUGCCUGGGCGAAUUGGCCCCAGAGACUGCACUGUCCCCCAUUCUCUGCCCCACUGUCUGAGCAGCUCCAACAGUAAUGUUUAAUCAUUGAUUAGUGCCUGCUCAGCUCCUAUUUUUAAACGUGUUGGGGUAUUGCCACUUUGCGUGUGAUUUUUCAAAGCUGUGAUCUUGCUUAUCUGGUUUAGGCCUUUGGUAGGGAGGGGGAAGUCUGAAGCCCAGUUUUAAUAUCUGCUAAAGCCUCUCAGCUCCUUGUGAAAUGUGUGUGUUGACUGUGUCAUGCAUGGUGUGGUCCUGAAAGAAAUAUUUCUGCUGCUUCUGCAUUUCAAAUCACUUUGUGUCAGUUGUAAUAUCUUAGAUCUAGGUGAGCUCACCUUAGUUUUAGCUGUCCAGAUGCACAAAUAGCUGUACAUUUACCCAAAGUCCCUUUGGUUUUAUUAAGGGAUUCAGUUAAGUUUUUUUUAUUUUGGCUGUUUUUUUUUUAUAAGGAUUUGAAUUUAAUUCCACAAUUGUCUUGAGGAAGGAAUGCAUUUGAAAUAUCUAAUGCAUUACUAGGUGUUUCCUCCCAAAGAAUCUCACUAAGGUGUUUUUGGUUUGAGUUUGGCCUCCUGUGGUUAAGAUGGUCUCUAGCAGAAAUCGCCUAAUCAAAGAUGGUAGAUGAAGAUAUGACUAAUUUCCUUUUUCAUUCCAGCAUAGUGUAUCGUGUAGUUAAAAAAAAAAAAAGAAAAACUUUCCGAUAAUUUAUGACUUUAUUACCUGAAAAUAAUUUCCAAUCACUAUUUCAGGAUCAAACUGUUUUCCCCUCAGAAAAAUCUCAACAAAUUAGGAUUUCCAUAUCAUUUACAUUUUGCUAUAAUCAGUGCAGUACUCAAAAAGGUGCAAUGCACCAUCAUGCCACACGGGGGUGACAGAUGAGGGCCCAAUGCGUUGUCAGUUUUCAAACCGGCCACUUCCAUCUCGAUUGUGAUGUCUGAAUCUCAUCUCCUCUGUCUGUGGGCUUUUCUGCUUGAGCCCACGAGUGCGGUUGUGCCCCUAUCGUUUCCCUUCGUUGUUCUUAACGGCCAGUCCGUCGUGCCCAGUGGUCAGUCUGGAAAGGUCUCGUUUACAGCUCACGCUGGACUUUAGGUUCUUUUAGCAGAUAGGUCCCCUCUCACCCCCAGCUUUCCCCCAGAAUGGAAGUGCAUGCUGAGAAAUGUGAAAGUGUGUUUACAGCAUGUUCUAAGGCUCAUCUUUCUUGACUACUCUGACUUGGACUGUGUUUCCAAUGGUCCAGUAGUUCCCUAUAUAGUGACUUAACUAGGAUGUAGAAAUUGGCCAAUGCCCUAUUCUUUAUUUUCAGUGCUUACAGAACUGACAGUCCGACAGAAAGAGAUGGUCUCAAGUACAUUGAGAUGCUUUCAGAUUAGCAUUCCAGAGCCUGUAUAAUUGGAAAAGUAUGUAUGUAUGUAUGUUUGCCUUCACAUUUAUCAAGCAUUUUGGAUUGCUUCUGUUUUAACACUAUCAAAUCUGCAGGAGGGCAUUAAGAAGCAAGCAUUUCGCUGAUGUCAGGAAGGGUUUUAGUGUGUUUACCUGCUCAUUCAAUCCAGGCCCACAUCCCACUUGAAUAUUUCCCCUUAAAACCAAGCAUGCAAGAAAUUAAUAUCAUAUCCUCCCUACCUGGAGGGCCAGCAUGAUAAUACAGGGCAGGUAGUUUAAUUUCCAUUCUUCUAUGAAAGGUCAGAUUAAUUGUGUUAGUUUUCCAGGUUCGUAUUGAAAACAUCAGGUCUGAGUAAUGGGAAACCAGUGUGUAUUUUCAGUGUUCUGAACAGAUUAUCUUUGAACUCGGUACAUCUGAAAUAUGCACCCCCAGGAUAUAUACUUUAUAUUCUUCAGCCCAUUUUCUUGUAUAGGAUCUGAUUGAGCAUAGCUGUAAAAAUCCCCUUUUCACAUGCAGUGUGACUGGCAGAGAUGGUUGUUGUUGUUGUGUAGAUGUAUGUAUAGUUUCUGCACAUGGCCAAUUGGAGCGUGUUCAAACAAGCAAAUCCAAAAACACUCAGCCACAGUAUGGCAUUGUGAGUGAGUCAUCUCCAAGUGAGCAGAUUCCUCAUCGCAUGUGUGCACCAUACUUCAGCAGUGGCCAUCUAUAAUUCCUGUUAGUUUCUGAGGGCUUCCUCUAAGCCUGGAUGUCUUUUGGGAAGUGGCAUUUUUACCAGUUCUCGGUUGGAGAAAGUAUAUUCCUGUUGUUCAGGAAUCCUGUCCUUUAGUCCCAUUGGUCACUGGAUUGGAUGAGAAACUACUUGUGGGCUUCAGAGUUACGAGCAGGAGAGAAGCUUUUCCUGCUUCUUAAUUCCUUUCCGCUGUGAUGUCUCUGAGUAGCAGGUGAGAGGAGUGUUCUUCCUAACACCCUGGGUACAUGCGCUAAUGGACUCGUACUGACUGCGGACAGGGCUGAAUGGGCUAUAGAAUCGCUGGCCUUCAGUUUGUCUGUACAGUAGAGUUGAUGGGGAGAGCAUGACACAAAUAUUGUUUCAGUCUUGGCCCGCUUUUGGGAAGCGGAGAAUAUGCAAUUUGGAAAAAUCCUUAUGCUGACUGUGCUGAUCGAUAAGUUUUUACCUCGUCAGGUCUAGUAACUUUGUUCUUCAGGGCUGUUCAGUUGUGCUGCAUUAGAAAUUGUCAGGCUUUUGGCACUUUUUUUUUUUUUUUGGUGAACUUUUUUUUUGUUGUUUUUUUUAAAAUAUAUAUAUCUUGUCCUGGCCCUCAUUUUCAUUUUUUUCUUUCCCCCCAUUUUCUUUUUUCUAGCUUUAGAAAAUAGUUUUGACUCCAGUGCUGCAACGAUUUUUCUUAUCUCCCUCCACACAGUUGGAGCUUGGUUCUAGUAGUUUGGACUUGCUGUAGUUUGUUCGCCAUUUUUAUUCCCGAUCAACUUCCUGAGGGAAUGAAAGAUGCCAGUAUCUUAAAUUCUACACAACCACCCUAGGAAAUGGAAUUGUACUUUUGUGCAGAGCCAUGUGAACAGUGUCUUUUUAAUUGCUAGCAGAUGACCUGGGAUAAUUAUACUGUGAGUAGGCUACUUUCUCUCUGUGGGCUGUCCUGUAAGGGUGAGUGCCUUCUGCACUCAAAGCUCCCUUUCUCCUUUUCCCUUACACACUCUCCCCUCCCAUAAUGUACAGUAGAUAUCUGCAUUCACUGUGAAGUUGAUCUUAAUGAUGGUUAGUUGAGUGGAUGUGGUGGUAGUAGAGCAGUUAGGCUGAGUGUCUGCUGGGCUGGAGUGAGCGAUGCUAAUGGCCCAGAGAAUGUUCCAGCUCAUCACAUGACACCAUCAGAGCACUUGCUUUUGUCCGGUAAUGUUGGAGGCAUUUUGUACAGAAGCUGCGUUAUGUAAAUUGUGGGAAAAGAUAUAUGUUUUUAUAAGAAGCAAAUUUUUUGUGUCUUGGUCAGCCAGUGAUAGAGCACCAACCACUUAUGUCUACUGAGCAAUUUUGUGGCAAAUGAAUUUCACCAAAUUUAAAUGAUCCUAAUGACAGCUUAGGAAAGGAUAAACUCUGUUUCCAAACUGUUUUUUUUUUUUUUUUUUUUUGUCCUGUCAGUUUCAUUGUGAACCAAAGCCUGCUGCCCAUCUGGCUACCACAUUUAUUUUUUUAUUUUUCUUUUUUUAAAUUUUUUUUAAGAAAAGCAGAAAUGGACUCUUGAAUCAAGAUCAAGUGACAAACAAGACUACUGUCUUGAGAUCCAAGAGUCUUUUUUUCAAGCUUAAAAUUUCAAAGUUUAUGCACUAGUGUCUAAAUGUGUAAAAGUGUGCUGAGAUUGACUAUCAUGGCUGUGAAAGUGGGAGUCUUGUCUGAAGGGGCGACGGUAUCUUUCAGCAAACUGUGUUUGAACAUACUGUGCAAUUAUGUUCCUACAGCCACCAACCUGGCCAAGGAAAUUGUCAUCUAACCAUCUGUAUAAGUGUAUAUACCACAAGCAGCACCUCCUGUACAUGUUGCAUAUCUUGGAGGUGACGGGGGCGUUAACCCAUCUAUGUAGAUAAUACAGAUCAGUUCUGUUUAUAUUUAUGAAUGAUUAUUUUUUAAGUUAUGAGAAUACUGGUUUAAUUUUGUUUCUUGUCCUUUUAUUUGUUUUAAAAUAAUAAAAGAAAGUCCUCAAGUAA